CGCCUUCUUCCUUCUCGCCGGGUGCGCGCCUGACGAGUUUCUGUAGCUGCCCGGCAGUGUCUGGCUCCGGCGCCCGGAGAGAGAUCGUGUUUCGGUGUGUGGCUCUUGCCCGGUCAAGACGGGGAGGUAGAAGGGCGUGGGCUUUCCAUGCGGCGGAAGGAGAAACGGGUGCUGCAGGCUGUGGGGCUGGCUCUGGCCGCCCUCAUAUUCCUGCCUAACGUGGGUCUUUGGUCACUGUACCGGGAGAAGCAGCUGGAGAGUGCGGGAGCCGGGAACUGGGAAAAGACAGGAGGGGAGGUUUUAUUGGUCAAGCAAAGGGAUGAGAAAGUCAGAGAUGAAAAAGUACCUGAAAAGAAAGACUGGCACAACUAUGAGCAAAUUAGGAAAGAAAGUGAACAAAUAGGGAAUGGGGAGCAGGGAAAGGCUUUCCCAAUGACAGAUGCAGAUCGUGUGGACCAAGCUUACAGAGAAAAUGGAUUCAACAUAUUUGUCAGCGAUAAAAUCUCACUUAAUCGGUCUCUUCCAGACAUCCGACAUUCCAACUGCAAGGACAAGUUUUAUUUUUCGAAGUUACCGAACACGAGCGUCAUCAUUCCCUUUCAUAAUGAAGGAUGGUCCACACUCCUGCGCACAGUGCACAGCGUCCUUAACCGGUCACCCCCAGAACUCCUUGCAGAGAUUGUCCUGGUGGAUGACUACAGUGACAAAGCCCAUUUGAAGAGCCGCCUGGAAAAGUACAUGGCUAACUUCCCCAAAGUGAAAGUUGUGCGAACAAAGAAAAGAGAAGGACUGAUCCGAACUCGCAUGCUGGGUGCCUCAGUAGCGUCAGGAGAGGUCCUCACUUUCCUGGAUUCUCACUGUGAAGCCAAUGUCAACUGGCUGCCACCUCUCUUAGAUCCCCUUGCCCAGAACCCCAGGACUGUUGUGUGCCCCAUGAUUGAUGUUAUCGACAGUGACAAUUUUGGAUACGUAACACAAGCCGGAGAUGCAAUGAGAGGAGCCUUUGACUGGGAGAUGUACUAUAAACGGAUCCCUAUUCCUCCUGAGUUGCAGAAAAGAGACCCCAGUGAUCCAUUUGAUUCUCCAGUCAUGGCUGGUGGGCUGUUUGCAAUAAACAGAAAGUGGUUCUGGGAGCUUGGAGGAUAUGACUCUGGCUUGGAGAUUUGGGGUGGAGAACAGUAUGAGAUUUCUUUCAAGGUGUGGAUGUGUGGGGGCCGGAUGGUGGACGCUCCUUGUUCCAGAGUUGGCCACAUUUAUAGAAAAUAUGUCCCAUACAAAGUUCCUGCUGGCGUCAGUCUAGCGAGGAAUUUAAAGAGAGUUGCCGAGGUUUGGAUGGACGAGUAUGCAGAGUAUAUCUAUCAGCGGCGCCCUGACUAUAGGCACUUGUCGGCUGGGGAUGUGGCGUACCAGAAAGAGCUGCGCAGGAAACUGCAUUGCCGGAGCUUUAAAUGGUUCAUGACAGAGGUCGCUUGGGAUCUGCCUAAGUACUAUCCUCCAGUGGAACUGCCACCAGCUGCUUGGGGAGAGAUUCGUAACACAAAGAUGGACAUGUGUGUGGAAGUAAAGCAUGUAACUUCUGGAGCCGAAGUCCACCUGGAAGCGUGUAACAGAGGGCGCAAUGCUGAUACGUGGGGAGCCAGACAGGUGUUCACUCUGGGUUGGAGAGAAGAUAUACGUCCUGGGAUCCCUCAGCACACUAUGAAGUCUUGUUUUGAUGCCGUAUCACACACAAGCCCUGUCACCCUCUUCGACUGUCAUGGGAUGAAGGGCAACCAACUGUGGAAAUAUAGAAAGGACAAGACUCUGUAUCACCCGAUUAGCAACAGCUGCAUGGAUUGCAAUGAGGGCGAGCACAAGAUCUACAUGAAUAUGUGCAACCCCUCGUCACCAACGCAACAAUGGACUUUUGAACACAUCAAUUCCACAAUCCUAGAGGCCUUCAACAGAAACAAGGACUUAUAACAGAGGGAGAAAUAUACAGAUAUAAAUAGGAAUAUAUAUAUUUUACAUCUUAUCUUUUUUACUGGUUGGGUGGGGGUUUUGGGAGGGGCAAGAUGAUUUUUGUAUGUGUGUGAGGGAUAUUUUGGAAUCAUUGGUGCAGGCUGGCUCUGUUAUUAAUCAUGCUGUGACCAAUCAAACUGUUAAACAAUCAUUUAGAAUCUAUUCCCAAUGACACUUCUCUCCUGUUUCUUAGACCCCUGUCCAAUUGUACAUUCAUGUUCCAUUCACAGACGGCCUGAUAACUUGUGCCACACACUGAAUGUAUCUAAUUGGGGCCUCUCUUACUCCAGAAUCAUAUUCUACAGCACUGUAUUUAUAAAAUAGAUAAAUAUCAACAUGGUAGAAAUUCCGUGGAACUUUUAGGGAAAGAGCCGCAGCCGGGCUUCCCUGGUUAUUAAAUGCAGCUGCUGAUAUAUGGCACAGGGCAUAGAAAAAAAGAAUCAGAUCUUACUUGAAAUUUACAUAAUUAUUUGUUAAUAAAGUGCCUUCCAAAUGUAA